AUGAGCGGCGACACGCGACGAGAUGCCCCGCCCCCGCUGCCCGCCAAGUCGAAGCCAGACGAUGUCCCGGACGCGGGGCUGAGGAGUCUCGACCACUACAAGAGAGCUCUGCCAUCAUGGCGCUACACUCUCCGCCAGAAGACGCUGCCCUUGAUCCGCUGGGAGACGCCGUACCUGGCCUGCAUGCAGGAGAAGCUGCGCUUCCCGGCGCUUGACAGCUACUUUGCCAUCACGGCGAACCUCGGCACGCACACCUUCUUCAUGAUUGGCCUGCCCAUCCUCUUUUGGUACGGCUACGCGUCGUUUGGCAAGGGGCUGGUUCAUAUACUCGCGCUCGGUGUCUUCUGGACAGGCUUUGUCAAGGACUUCUUCUCGCUGCCACGGCCACUAUCCCCCCCGCUACACCGCAUCACCAUGUCGGGCUCGGCGGCCCUUGAGUACGGAUUUCCCUCGACGCACAGCGCCAAUGCCGUGUCGGUGGCCGUAUAUGCGCUCCUGAUACUGCGUAGCCCGGAAAACUCGCUCUCGGCCACCACCAAGCUCGUGCUCGAGGUCCUGUCCUACUUUUACGCCGCGUCAAUCGUCUUUGGACGGCUUUACUGCGGCAUGCACGGCUUCCUCGACGUCAUUGUAGGGUCCACCCUAGGCGCCGGCAUUGGCUGGCUCGAGUUCUACUACGGCCCAUCCUUCGACGCAUACAUGCACUCCAGCUCCUGGAUGGCGCCCGUUCUCGCCGGACUCAUCAUCGUCGUCUUUGUGAGAUUUCAUCCCGAGCCUGCUGACGAUUGCCCCUGCUUCGACGACAGCGUUGCCUUUGCCGGCGUGUUGAUUGGCCUGGAGUUUGGAACGUGGUCAUAUGGAAAGAUUUCCGCGGAUCCUUGGGAGACGCACGCGUAUGGCGACAACACCGUCGACGUUGCGCCUUUGGGAUGGUGGGUGAACGCGGCAAGACUAGCCUUGGGAAUUCUCGUCAUCUUUGCCUGGCGCGAGACCAUGAAGCCGGCGCUCCUGAAGCUGCUGCCGCACCUAUUUCGCUGGAUGGAGCAUGUCGGGUGGAGUCUCCCGCGGCGAUUCUUUACGCCUGCCUCGGAGUACAAAUCCGUACCGCCGGGCUCACGGCUGGACACGCUCAUCCCCAAGGCUUCCGACUUCCCCCGCAUGGUCGAGAGCAUUCGCCACCCGACGACUCGGGGGCGAUCGGUGUCGAUUGGUCCGCAGAGCGCAGCAGACGCGUACGAGACGUUGGCGUACCGAGAGCGUCGGCGCCGCGAAAGCAUCGGCAGCAAUCAGAGUGCCAAGGGCAAGUCGGGCAACCUGAACCUUGAAAGCCCAGAAGAGGAUCGAUCUGGCAGAGUGACCCAGGCAUCGGGCGCGCAAAUGUCGCCCACUCAGGAGUUUGAAAAGGCUUUGGGAAACGGCAAUGCUGUUGGAACGCCGGUGGCCGAUCUCGGGAUGCUUGAAACCCGCACUCGCCGGGAAAAGGACAUUGAAGAGAAGGAAAUGUUCUUGCGGCUCGUGAGACCACGAGUGAGAUAUGACGUGGAAGUCGUCACGAAGCUGGUUGUGUAUGCAGGAAUCGCUGGUUUCGCGACGGCAUUGAACCCCAUCAUAUUCGAGCUCAUCGGCCUUGGCACCAAUCAGCUGCAGGUCAAAUGA